CAUUCCUAGUUAUUUUGACUAGUCCAGUGCAUACUCAAUUACUCAUUGUCUUUCUCUCCGAGUCCCAUUCCCUCCCCACCUCUCUUCUCUGAAAGUAGGUUUGAAGAAGAUAACUAAGUGAAUCCCAAGAAGCUGCAUUUGCGGCCAUUUCGCGCAAUUCAAGCAUCCGCUUACGGAAGUCUCCAAAAUCUCUUAUUUCCUAUCGACUUUUCUCUCUUGAUCUGCUGCAAUGGAUUCUCGGGAGCCACCUCAGCCACCGCCACGCUCGCAACAGCAACCUUCGCCAGCGCUACCAAGCAUUAUGGUACCUCCUCGUUCUUUUUCCUCCCCCAUGCCCAGCCCCGUCCCUUCUUCCAUGAUCAGCCCCAAUUCUUCGCACAUGCUGUUGGCCCCUGCCACCGCCCGAUUACCCUUCACCGCAAUUGUAACACAAUCCCGUAUUCCUCCUCCUCCGCCUCCUCCGCCUCCACCGAAGGCUUCCGAACUCACUUCUCCUUACGAAGGUUCCUCUGCGUAUAGGCCCGGCGGGCUGAGUAUUGAUUCUCCGAAGAGGAAGAGAGGCCGGCCCAGGAAGUAUUCGCCGGAUGGUAGCAUUGCUUUGGGAUUGGCUCCUACGCCUUUGUCUUCUUCUGGCCCCGGUGAUUUGAGUGCCUCGCCGUCCGGGGAACCACCAGCUAAAAAGAGCAGGGGAAGGCCGCCGGGCUCUGGAAAGAAGCAAAUGGAUGCUCUUGGAGCUGGCGGGACAUGCUUUACUCCACAUGUACUCUUGGUGAAAACCGGGGAGGACAUUGGAGCAAAGAUUAUGGCCUUUUGUGAAGAAGGGUCACGUUCAGUCUUCAUUCUUUCUGCUAAUGGUGCAAUCUGCAAUGCCACCAUUCGACAGCCAGCUACGGCUGGUGGUACAGUGUAUUACGAGGGUCGAUACGAGAUUAUAUCUAUAUGUGGUUCUUUCAAUCCAUCCGAAGACGGUGGUAGUAGAACAGGUGGUUUGAGCGUCGCUCUAGCGGCGGCUGAUGGAAGAAUUGUGGGUGGCAGUGUUUCUGGAAUGCUAAUUGCAGCAUCACCAAUACAGGUCAUUUUGGGUAGCUUUAUUGCGGAGGGGAAGAAACAGACGAGCUCAAAGAAGGAGGAAUCUGGGCCCUCCUCUGCAACAACGCCCACGGGAACUCAACUGUUAAAUUUUGGUGCAUCAUCUGUGGCUCCAACCAGAGCUACCUCUCAAGGGGUUUCAAGUGAUUCUUCUGAUGAAGACAACGACGGCGGUAGUACCUUGCAGAUGGGGUCGGGGUCUGCAUCUGGGACUGGGACUGGGCCUGGGCCUGGGCCUGGGCCUGGAGUCUACAAUAGUGUUAGCCAGCCCAUUCGUAAUAUGCCAUGGAGUCAACUAUGGACCAGCCAUCCUCCGCAGCGAUGAUACCAUUUUUUUUUCUUAGAUUUUAAACAGCGCAGGGGCAGGGUAAUUACGUGAUAAUUGUUGGUGGCAGUGGAUCGAGAUUACUGAAAUGCUAACUUGCGUUGAAGACGGAAUUCAUAAUAGAGUCUAUCUUUAGCCCUUUA